AAUUUGAAAUAUGAAUAAGAGGUGUGAGACCAGUUUGACCAAAAACCCAAAAAAGAUGUGGGCCGUGUCCCCAACUCCAAUCUCAGCCACACUCUUCCCCAACCCAACACAACCACUUUUCCGACGUUCGGUGGUCAGUCUCCCGCGGUCCCAAGACGACGACGUUGGCGGAGUAGGUCACAUCCUCUUCAUGGCGACUAAUUCCAAUGAUGCGAUUUCCAACACUAAUCCGAUCCCAAAACGGCAAAAACAGAAAGAGGGAGAGGGAAAACAGCUAACUGGGUCAGACGUGCUUUGGGCUUUACAAAGAGCGACUACAAAGAAGAAAAAGAAGCACAAGAAAAGAAAGGAAUUAUCGUCGGCGGGCAGCGACAAAGAGGAUGUAGAUGUUGAUGAUGUGGAUUAUAGUAAUGUGAAAGCAUUGUGCAUAAAGAGCGAGUGGAGUGCUAAGUUGAAUGAGUUGGAGAAGCGGCUGCAGGAAUUAUCAGAGAUUUAACUCAU